CAUAUUCUCUGUAAAUUACGUAAAUAUUCAUGCGUAAAUCGAAGAUUCUUAAUUCCUUGUCUCGUGACUGUUUUAGUUUUUAUGUAUUUCUGGAGAGUUUUGAAAAUUUUUAUUUUAGUUCGCUCGUAUCGUCUUUAUGUGUUGUAGACGGUAGCGCGCUCAAACCCCACCUAAUUUGCCGCAUUCCAUAGCUCCUUUCGUUUUGCUAGAGGACUACGCCUUUAAAAUGAACAUUUACACUUUCCUCGGUUUUAUUUCGGUGCUGAAAUUGGUAUCCUGCCAAGUCGUUGGUACAACUACAAGUUCUAGUGUUGUGGAAGCCACAAUAGUCUCGGAUAAUCCAGUUUCAAUCGAGCCAGUUUAUAAUCCACCUGAAAGCCAGGCUGUCAUAUUUAAAAACAAGGAUGACUUAAAACUGCAAUGCAAACUUAUUGCUAAUGGCUAUGCUCCGGGAGCAAUAACUGUCAUCUGGAAAAAAGAGGGAACGCAAGUAUCUGAAAUUAAAAGCUUAGAGAAUCGAUUCAAGAUUGACAAUAUUGGAAAUUCAUAUUAUUUUAACUUAACUAAAGCUGAAUAUGGAGAUGCAGGCAACUAUACCUGUACGGCUUUAGUCAAUAAUCAGGAGACUGCAGAAGGCUUGAUUAGAACUGCAACACUUAUCCAUGUCAAAAUCAAGAGCGAUAAUAUUAAUGUAGUGGAAAAUGACAAAUUGCGUAUAGAGUGCAGCAUCUUAGGUAACCCUCAACCAGUGAUUAACUGGAGAAUUGAAUCUGAAAAUUUCAAUGGCAGCGACUUUGACAGCCGAGUCAAGAUUCAAGAUUACAGGGAUGAGUCUAACCAAAACGUCGUAAAUGGAGCAUUAAUUAUUGAUCCGGUAAAUAAAACUGAUAGGGGUCACUACUUCUGCAUAGGGACUAAUGUCUAUCUCGAUACUCAAAGGGAUGAAACGGAAAGUAUCAUCAGAGUAAAGGACCAAUACGCCGCUUUGUGGCCAUUUAUCGGUAUCUGCAUUGAAGUGAUUGUGCUUUGCGCAAUUAUUAUCAUUUAUGAAAAGAAACGUAAUAAGUCUGAAUUGGAAGAAAGUGACACUGACCAGAGUCCUGACCAGAAAAACACCCCAGACCAUGGAAAAGAAGCAAACUUAAGACACAGGCAAUAAACUAAUAAAAAAACUUAAAAGUGGUACCUUCAGAGAAAAGCCAUCAGUUUUAUUCCGAACGUACCUGACCUUAUUGAAAUUAUAGUUGCCAGUUUCAUUUUCACGCAUUGUUACUAUUCAAACGAUAACAAUUUCUUGGAGUCUUUUUUCAUAUUUUUAGAAAUAUUUAUAAUUUUAGAAAUAUUAUCAAUCUAUGUUCAAACAUUGUUCACUUAUGCAGAAUUCGAUUGUUUAGGAGUCCUAAAGUAGCCUUAUAUGCGUCGUGUUUUACGAUUAAAACUGUAAUCGAUUUACUUUUAAAACUAAGAUUUUAAAUUAAAAUAAAAUUCAUUAUAAUAGAUUUAGACAUGUAUGCCUUUAUCUAACAGCAUUCUCCUUAAGAGAUUGUUCGAAAUGAAAAAUUAAUACAAAUACAUCGCCUUCCUAACCCUUAUAGUCAUAUACGUUAUUCUUUUGUUGUUAGAAGCCACUUUCACCAAAGAAAUUAUCCAAAUAUUUUUUAGACAGGCUGCGAUGUUUCUGCGUACUUAAACUUUAAAUUAAAACUGCCAUGACCGUAGGUGAAAAGUGGUUUCCAUUUUUGAUGUACAUAGAUACUAGAUUAAAAAUUAUAUUACUGCUAGGCGGUAGGACAGUUAUUCAAUAGGGGAAGUUUUUUCAAAACACCCAUAUUGGUCAGAAAUAUUCAUUUUUGUUUUGUUAACACGAAAAUGGUAUUUAACCAAAGAGAACACUUGAGGCUUUCAUUUUUAAAAGUUAAUUUAAUUUUAAACUUAACAGAGUUUGGUGCUUAUUUCCAUUGUUGGUAUGUUAAAAUUAAACAAAUAUUAAUGUUAGGAUGUUUAUUCGUAUUGUUAGUCCUUUUUUGUCUUAAAUAAAUAAAUUCGGAAUCCUAUUAA